GCAGUACUUUUGGUUUGUGUUGCUAUAGUUUGUAUCAUGUGUCAUUUGAUUUCGCGCUUCAAAUAAGUUUAAAUUGCACCACAUCAUUCAAUUUAAAGGAAAUCGAACGAAUUUUGGAAAAUGGUUGCAGCACCACGAUUGCAGGCUCAACAAGGUGAGCUUAAGUCGAUGAAAAACUCCAUGAUUCGGUACAUUUUAAAUGUGUCGACGAAGAAAACGCCAAUCAAAAGUAUCGACAUCGUCAAGCAAUGUCUGCGGGGCGAACAAAAGAUGUUUCUACAAUUGCUACCUCAUGUUCAAGAAAUUUUGAGCGAUGUUUACGGUUUGCAGUUCAACGAAGUCAAAGAAAAAACCGGCAAAUUCUAUUUGGUGACAUCCGAAUUUGCACCGGGCUCUGAAUUUGAAUGGACAGUGCGUCAACGGGAAGACAAUCGAUUGCUGUUUAUCGUGCUAUCGUACAUUUUCAUGAAGGGCGGCAAAGUCAUUGAACCCGUUUUGUUUGGAUUCUUGAAGAAGCUGCACAUUGAAGAUGAGCCACACGAGUAUUUUGGCCACUUCAAAAAGACCAUCACCGAAACAUUCGUCAAGCAACUGUUCUUGAAAAAGGAAAAAAUCGAAAUGGAAGCUGGUAACAUAGAAGAACGGUUUCAAUACAGUUGGGGUCAUCGUGCGGACUUAGAAUUCAAGAAGAGAGAUUGCCUUGAAUAUGUUGCUCAGCUUUUAAAGCGUCAGCCAAGUUCCUUUUCAGCACAGUUUGAAGAAUGCAACUCAGACGAUGAAGAUGUUGAAAUGGCCGAACAAUAACAUUCAUUUAAUUUUGUUUCGCUUGAAACAUAGGAAAUUUUGUAAAGAGCUGUGAAAAAUAUCAUAUCAUGAGAUAUUGUUGACUUUAGUAAGAAAUGAGAGUUUAAUUUUUCUAUUCCAAAAGUGGCUCCGUACGUUUCAUUAUAAUAAAUAAACAUUCUCUCAAACUAGCCAA